AUGGCGUCUGUAGCUGAGACGCUCCAGCGGACGGGCCCGUCGGCCACUCUGGAGGAUCAGACUCUGAUUCUGCUUGCGCGAUUGAUGGAAGGUGGGCGCGAGGAUGAUGAGACGUGCAGGGAUCUCGAUGAGCUCACCCGCCUGCUCAACGACGACGCAGAGGCCCAGACAAAGAACAAAAAUCACCAGAGCAUCUGCAAGCUUAUUGAUGGCGACUGUGUCGACACUGUUCUCUGCUAUCUGGACAUGAGGCAAGAAGAUGUCGUCCGCAGCCAUGCCAUCCUCACCACCUCAGCCUACCUCAAAGCUGCAGGCCAGGAUGGCGCCAAGGCCCUAUCUGCCUUCUUCUUUGAUCGUGUCAAGAGAGGCACAUACGAUGACUACAUUGUCGCUUUUUGUGUAGCCGCAGCUACAUUCCCGAUUGUCCCGGAUCUGACCACCGAUCUGUUUCUUAGUGAGGGUUUCCUCGCGUCUCUUGCUCCACUUAUGAGGCGGAAAUGGAAGAGCCGCAAGGUGGAAACCGCUUGCUUAGAGAUGUUGAACGCCGCAUCCAUGAACCAACAUUGCCGAGAGGCCAUCCAGAAGUACUGUGUCGAGUGGCUGGAGGAAGUAGUCGACCAGGAACCGACGGAGGUGGUCCGCAGUAUGAACCACGACCCCAAUGUUCAGAGUGAAGGUGGCUCUAUCUCCAUGAGAAGACACUCGGAACAGGUCCAGAACCUAGCAGCCGUCAUUCUAGCAAAACUGAGGGCUGUUCCGACCAAGCCGGCGGGGGCUGAUCCAAACCAACCGAAAGUCGACUAUGCAGUUUCAAGCAUCGAGGAUCUCUCCAACCUCUUCACCAACAUGAUCCUCAAGGACGAGGAUCACUCCCGUCAGCACUCCAUUGAAGGCUUGGCCUACGCCUCCCUGCAAUCGUCGGUUAAGGAGAGCAUUAUCGACAACGAGAAACUUUUGCAACAUCUGGUUCAAGUCUUAUCACAAGCAAAGCCCAGAUCAACGACGGCCUAUGGAUCUCUUAGCAUUUUUGUCAAUCUUACACGGUACCUGCCUGUGCUUUCGGAAGAGGACAAGAAGAUGAAUCAGUUGAAGGCGUACGCGAACGCGGCUGGCAAACAAGGGAAGCCGGAUCCUUUGAAUGAAGAUGAUCGUGUAUCUCGAAGGUGCAAGGCUGUCUUUAAUGCAGGAAUCGUUCCAGUUCUUGUUGCGCAAAGCAAGCAUAGCUCUCCUGCCGCUCUAGCUCUGACUGUGUCCAUUGUCCACUCCCUGGCUGUGACAAAGACCAUCCGCGGGCAGCUGGCCCAGCAGGGCGCCGUUAAACUCCUUCUCGCCUGCUGGGCAGCGCUCCCGGAAUCCGAGGACCCUCCCCGGCGCCUGGCUGCCCAGGCUCUUGCCAGAAUCCUCAUCAGCACAAACCCCGCCCUCGUAUUCGGCGGCAAUAGGGCCAGCGGCGUCAGCGUCGCCGUCCGUCCUCUUGUUGCCAUCCUCCCCCCUGACCCAGCGGCCGACCGCCGUGAUCUCCUCCCGUCCUUUGAGAGUCUCAUGGCCCUGACCAACCUCGCAUCCCUGGAUGAUGAGGACACACGCCGUAUUAUUAUCCGCUCAGCUUGGCCACAGAUAGAGGAACAGCUGCUCUCCUCCAACGCAUACGUGUCUAAAGCCGCCGUGGAGCUGGUGUGUAAUCUCAUGCAGGCCCCAGAGGGCGUAGCCCUGUACGCAGACGAGAGCUCGCAGGCCAAGAACCGACUCCACAUCCUCCUCGCCCUCGCCGACGCCGAGGACGAGGGGACGCGCAGCGCGGCGGGCGGAGCGCUUGCAUCGCUGACUGGGUUCGAGUCGGUCGUGCGCUGCAUCGUCAUGCGGGAGCGCGGCGUCAAGGUCAUCCUGGGCAUGUGCGUCGACGACAGCGAGGAUCUGAGGCACCGCGGCGUGGUGACGAUCCACAACAUGGUGUCUGCGGAGGGCAAGACGGGUGUGGAGGCGCAGGAGAAGGUCAAGGAGGAGGACGGCGUGGAGGUGAUGAAGGAGUGUUUAAAGAAGAGCAGGCGGCCCGAGGUGUUGCAGAUCACUGUGCAAGCCCUUAAAACGUUACUUGGUCAGACAUAA